AUAAGCAUUGAUUCCCUGCAGAAAUUUGGCUUUUCAGCCAGUAUUCCAAUAUUCUAUUUUUACAUGAAAACACUGAAGAAAUGUUCUUUAAAGUGAUUGUAGGCCUAAGGUUUUCUAAUUUAAGAAGAGCCCUGCUUCAUCUACAUGUUAAAGCAAAGCCAGUUGUUGAAAAAUUGUCAUUUUUCAAGAGGGUAUCCUUUGAAAAUGAAAGUAAAUUCCAAGAGAUUUAGUUCCUCCAUGAAGACAAAAAUUAUGCUUUUAUCUUGACUGGCCAUGAAAGAAAGGUAGAAUUACCAUUGAAAUCAUAUGGGUGAGGGUAUAACGUAAAGCAAAAUUAGUGAUCAGUGCUGACUUGCAGCCCAGGACCAAACUUCUUACAUUGUCUUUUCUGUUAACAAUCAACAAAUUCAGAAAAUUCAAUAAAAUGGUUGUCACCUUAAUAAAUUCAAGAAGACUUUAUUUUGCAACAUGGUCAGGCACUCUGAAGGGAUGGUGAAAUGAAGUUCUAGCACAGGAAGUGUAGACAGGUCAAGAGUUAGACAUGCCGCAGGAAACAGUGAAAUAAUACUAGCAAGGCAACAGAAUUGCUACAGGAUUGCUAUUCCAUGAUCUUCAGCUCUUCCCAAUGUUGCUAUAGAAAAUCAAAGGUAGCUAUAAAUAGUCUGACAAAAAACCCAAAGUAACUCAAUUCACAGACCCUCUUGGGACCAAAACCAGAUGGUCAGGGAUUCUAGGGAAAAAAAAACAACAAAACAAACAGUUUAGAGUGAUAUGUUCUUCUUGGAAAACACUUGUCUAAGCAUAUGUUAUUAUGUUAUUUUAUUAAUUUACAGUAGGCUCAGGAAAAGGCUCUGCAGUCACUGGGGUCUCUUCAGGACAGGUGACUGCAAAAAUCUCUGCAACAAAGCAUUAAAAUUUAACCUGAUAACUCAAAGUUCAUUAUGAAACUGUGUAAUUUAUUUUCAUGACAUAGAUUUGAUAGAACAUUUUUCCAAACUGAGACAGGGUACUUUUUGAUUUCAGGGUAGCAAAGGAGAUUUAUUGCACUAUUUACUACAGACUACUGAUGAUCUGAAACUAAGUAAUUAAUCAGAAGUGGUGUAUUUUGAGCAUGAUAGCAGUAAUAUUGUUGCAGUGCGUGUUUUUGAUUGUAAUUCCAUCCUAGUAGUUUUAUAAACACACCCCCCCCCCAUUUUGUAUUUUUAUAGCAUAUUUUAUUGUCAAUGGCUUGUUCCUUCCCCCCAUGUUGGUUUUUUUUGCCCUAGAUUGUUUUGCCCUGUGUUGGUUUUGUUCUAGUUGUCCAUCUCCCCAAAGACCUGCCCUUUUGUUCCCUGUUCCUCUUCCCAUUGAAUGUCAAUCCCUCCCCAAGCCUGCCCCUUUCUCUAGAAAAUUCCCUAUCAAUUUUGUAUCCUUCAAAACCCCACUGGUUUAAAUUGUUCUCGUCCCCUGUAAUCCCGUAUUGGUUUAAACAUUGUAUUCCCUGCCUUGUGUUCCACCCCCAGUUUCUCCCAAUUGGCUGAAGAUUGUAUCUCCCCUGGGGCCUGCCCCGUUUGUAGUUGGUGUAUGGUUUGCUGCUGUGUCCUUCUGUCCCUGGCAGCUGUCUGGGGCUGGCUCACUCUCACUGACGUGUCGGGAGCUGGUUGGGCAGAAGAAAUCCGGCACCACAGCAUAAUAUGAAACCUUAGAUCACGAGGGCAGAACUUGUUCAGACUGAUUAUGUGAAUACCUCUCUGUGUGUCGGGGGGCACCUAUCAUGGAAGGAGGAGAACUACCUUGGCUUUUGGUAAAUGAAAUUGGUGGCAUACGUGGGAUACUGCAUAACCAUGUGCCAUUCCUGAAGAAACAUUUCCACCUCAUCACCAUGAAGGAAUUUCUUGAAAACAGAAAGGAUGUAGGCAAAAAGGUCCAAGCAAUCUAUUUGUGGUGGCACAAACCAGUCAUCGACAAAGAGCUACUCCAGAGCCUGCCAAACUUAAAAGUGAUUGCGAAUUCAGGGGUGGGGAUGGAUCACUUGGAUCUGAAGCUUAUAGCUAGCUUUGGUGUGAAGAUGGCUAAUGCUCCACAUGCUGUUUCCAGCACCACAGCAGAUACUGGGAUGGCUUUGCUGCUAGCAUCUGCUAGAAGACUCGUGGAAGUCCAUAACAUUUCAAUUUCUCCUAGUAUGGACUACUGUGAAGCUGAUAUUCUGGGAGUUAAAGUUUCUGGAGCUACUCUGGGGAUCAUUGGCAUGGGCCGCAUUGGGUAUAAGAUUGCUGUGAGAGCCAAAGCAUUUGAAAUGAACAUUUUGUAUCACAACAGGACACGGAGGAAAGUGCAAGAGGAGCAAGCUGUCGGUGCCACUUACUGCAAAAAGAUAGACAGCUUGCUCCAGCAGGCAGAUUUUGUGAUGCUGGUGGUGAGCCUGACACCUCAGACACACAAGCUGAUCGGGAAAAGAGAGCUGGAGCUGAUGAAACCCACAGCUACCCUGAUUAACAUCAGCCGAGGUGCAGUAGUUGACCAAGAGGCGCUGGUGGCAGCUCUGCAGGCCGGUGUUAUCAGGGCCGCGGCUUUGGAUGUCACCUCCCCAGAACCACUGCCCAGAGAUCAUGCAUUGUUAAAAUUAAAGAACGUCAUUAUAACACCUCACCUCGGCAUUAAAACAGACAAGGCCACCUACAUGAUAACAGAGGAAGCAGUUGAAAACAUACUAGCAGCCCUAAAUGGUCUCCCCCUACCCAGUGAAGUGCUCCCUAGCUAAUGUGUAAAAGGAUAUUGCCUAUCUUUUUAUUCUUCUCUUUGUCUUUUUAUUCUUAUCUUUCCCUUGCACAUCAGCUCUAAAAUCUUUUUAAAUACAAGAAUGUCCAUACACCUCACUAAAGCUUGGAAGGAAACAGUUGUGUUUAUAUAGUUUCUGUUGUCUAAUACAAGUCCAAAAGGCAGAUAAACCAACACCCAAAGUGGCCUUUUCUUAUGUAGUGUGACUUUAUGAAUAGUAUGAUUAUUUAUCUGUAAAAUCUAUAGCAAAGUUGCUAUUAAGUGCAGCCAGGAUUUUGGCUGGAGCCUUAUGCAUCUUUACAGAGGCUUUGUCUUGCAGAUGGUUGUCGCCAGUGCUGGCCAAAAUACACUUAGUCCCAUCACUUUUGCAGCUCCAGGAAACAAGACAUUGCAGUUUUUCAGGAACAGCAAAUUGGGUGUCAAGAAUUUCAAGACUGCCCCAGGGGCCUCCCUGCUCUCUGAGGUACAGGUGCCCAGUACACAUUUCAUUGUCACAUGUAUAACCUUGAAAAAAUAAGUUAAAUUUAUUCAAAAAUAAAAGGCUAAGCAAUAAAUUACAGAGCUGAAAAACAAGGUUACUAUACAAUAAAAGAGAAAAGAGAAUAAAAUGCCUUUUCUUAGAUUAAUAUCCUAAAACUGCAAAAAAACACACAAGGCUUUUGCAUAUGCAAACUUUUCUCCAUAAGUGAAGAAGCAAACAAAAUCAGAUACAGUACUUCAUAUCUACUUAAACAAUUGUACAUGUUUGGCAUUUGCUUGGAGUUUUACUCCUACAUCUGCAGAUAUUUCAAGAAUCUGGGCUGAUUAGUUUCAGAAGUGCUCCCUGCCAAUGGGGUGCUUUAGAAGGCAAGACACAUCUGCCUGUCAGUCACUGGAGUGAUGAGUUGGCUUACACACAAUACCUGCAAUUUCAUGAUUACUGAAAGUUGGUGCAAAAUGCAGUGGCCACAUGAGAGAAGAGAUGAUUCAUUAUAGUUCACUCCAUUGAUUCAGGUUUUUUGAAAUUUUUGAUGUGCAAAAAUACAUGAUCUGCAAUAAAGUGCUGAUGCAGAGGUCUACUGGGAAAGCUGGCCUUACCUACAGCAACUAGACAGGCUGACACCAAAUAACACUUUAUGAUGGUUUAUAGCCACUGAAAACAAAUGCAUCACUUGGUUUGGCCUUGCCUGAAGAUUUCCUGCCUCAGCUUUUUUUUGCCUGUAAUACAAUACUGCCUUAUAAAACUUAAUGUAGACAUAGGAAAUGCAUGUCUUGAUCCAGCUUCAUGCUUAAGCUGUUCCGUACAACCCACCUGAGAAAUGCAUGCAUUACAUUGUACAAAGGUGUUUUAGGGUAACCCAACACUUCAAAGCCUAAUGCUAAGAAACAACUAUUAUGCAAGCACCUUAUUAACACUGCAGGCAUCGGCUCACCCUGCAGGAUUACAUGGAUACCAACAGCAAUAUUUAAUGAUGGGGAUGAAGUCUACAAUACUUCUGUCUAUGUACCCACAUACCUCACUCAUUUUAGUGCUCUGUACAGUGCUGGUAUAUCAGAUCCCUUUCUGUAAGAGAAAACUUGCACACAGCAACGAUGUACAUGCAGUGAAAUUCAGCUUAACACAUUACAUGGAGGUCUAAAAGGUAGUCUACAACCCAAAUAUACUUAGAACAUGAUAGUGCACUGGUGCAAUUGACAACUUCUUUUCACAUAUGAUGCUAAACAGAUAAAACUUCUGUAGAGCUGUAUCAGUUCCUGACCUAUAGCUUGAAAAUUGGAUGUUCAAAUUGCACAAAACAGAUUUGAAAAUAUAAAUUCUCUCCACAUGUAACCACACAACAUUUUCUUGACAUUUGAUACAUAUGUAUGUAUCAUUUUUGCUUGGAUUAGCAUUCCUUUGACUGUUACUUUUUGGAUCUUCUGACUAAUUCCUUCUUCAUUUUGUUCAUUCAAAUUCAUGGAUUUGAUAUACAAAGGUAAACACUACUGUGUUGCCCUCCCAAAGGUUUUUCUUUACCUUCAAGACCAGAAUGUGGUAGGCCUCUUUCCUCAGACUUGUGUCUUUGAGAGGAACUUUACAAGGGUCCUUUGAUCUCAGCUGAGCAGUAAGUUAAAAGCUUACUCAUUACAAUCUUAUCACCAAAGCAGUUUGGAAACUUUUGAUGUGAAAGAAGUAAUGUGUAAUCAUUUUAUGUUUGUUGGUUUGGUUUUAGUUUGUUUUUUUUUUUUUUUUAAGGAAGAAAAUGCCAGUAAACUUAACUAAGAAUCCAGUUAACAUUCUGUAACUCCAUAUUGCUAGUUAAUUAAGUUUUGCUUUAAAGCUUAACUGUUUGAACUUGAAUUUAAUGUAAGCAACUGAUACUCAAAAAUCAUCACCAGAAUAACAAGAACAGUUUAUGGUUUUGUGUAAUUGAUAUUGUUAUAAUAUAUUUUUUUAUUAGCAAUUUUAUAGAGGAUUGGUGUUAAACUUGACUGUCUUCAUGUUCAGCAUAUCAAAGUGUAUUUGACAGAAUUCAAGAUGACAGCAUUUUUGUAAUCCAUUCUUUUGAAAAGCACUACAGUAGUCAGGAGACACACAGCAGCCCUUAUGGCUGGUUGUUACGUAGUGUGAAAGGAGAAAGAUCCCUGGAUGCUCAUAGUAGUGGUGUGUCCUGGCUCCUGAGCUGCUGUGACCCCAGAAACCAGGCAUCCUCCCCAGAGGAUCACGACCACCUGCACAGCAAGGGGAAUGGCUUCAGCACAGCUUUUGUGAACUGAGAACUGAAGCUGUACUUCCCAGUGCCCAUCACUGGAUAUAGAGAUCGAGGGAGGCGAUUCUUCCCCUCUGUUCUGCUCUUGCGGGAUCCCACCUGGAAUGUUGCAUCCAGCCUGGGGUCCUCAGCACAAAAAAGAUGUGAACCUAUUGAACUGGGUCCAGAGAAGGCCACUAAGUUAUCACAGGACUGGAGAACCUCUGCUAAGAAGAUAGAAUGGGAGAGUUGGCAUUGUUCAGCCCGGAGAAGGGAAGGCUCAGAGGAAACCUUACAGCAACCUUACAGUUGCUAAAGGGGGACUGCAAGAGAGCUGGAGGGACUCUUCACAAGUAAUGACAGAACAAGGGGAAUGGCCUUUGAAAGAGAGUAGGUUUAGAUUAGGUAGUAGAACAGAGAUUAGGAAGAUAUUGUCCUCUUUGAGGAUAAUGAGGCAACGGUACAGGUGGCACAGAGAAGUUGUAGAUACCCCAUCCCUAUCAGUGUUCAAGACCAGGCUGGAUGGGGCUCUGAGCAACGUGGUCUAGUGAAAGGUGUCCCUUCGUGUUGCAGCUGGUUUGGAAAUAGAUUUUGGCAUUC